GACUGCUUCCUGUUGUAGAAAUCCUCCAGGAAGCUGCAGCGUGUGGACGCUCGCGUUUGCCCCGACGGAUGCAGCUCGGUGACCUCCAGCAGCAGCUCGGUGACCUCCAGCAGCACUGGACUCAUGCUCUCUCAUCUCGCUGCUGCCACACUCGCCCUGCACUUACUGUGGACCGCCAUGGCCCAGGUCGCCGGCCAGGAGGACAGAGAGAAAACGACCGCACUCAAAGAUUUGCUGUCGAGGAUAGACUUGGAUGAACUGAUGAAGAAAGAUGAACCUCCAUUCACUUUCCCCAAAACACUGGAGGAGUUUGAAUACGCCUUCAGUGAGCAAGGCCAGCUCAGACAUAUAAAAACAGGCGAACCCUUUGUGUUCAACGCCAGAGAGGAUCUUCACCGCUGGAACCAGAAACGCUACGAAGCUCUCGGAGAGAUAAUCACCCAGUAUGUUUACGAGCUGUUGGAGAAAAAGUGCAACAUGACUAAAGCAUUCCUGCCAGUGGAUGCCACAGACGAUGAGCCCACCAGUUUCAUCUACCUGAGCCCAGAUGCCUUGUCCAACCCGUCCAAGCUGCUGGUGUUGAUCCAGGGCAGCGGCGUGGUGCGGGCCGGUCAGUGGGCCCGUAGACUAAUCAUCAACCAGGACCUGGACUCAGGGACACAGAUUCCCUUCAUCACCAGAGCCAUAGAGGACGGCUAUGGUGUGAUGGUGCUCAACCCCAACGAGAACUACCUGGAGGUGGAGAAGCCAGCCAGGUCCAACCCCCUGCCCUCUGCCUCCGAACACUCAGACGAACCUGCCGAAAAGAAGGAACGUAAAGACGACAAAGAGGGCAAAAAGAAGAGAGAAUUCUACGAGAAGUACCGCAACCCGCAGAAGGAGACAGAGACCGAAUGGAUCCCUGUACGAGAAAAUGGCUCCUCCGAGGACCACGUGCUGUACGUGUGGGACAACUUUGUGUCCAAAGCCGCUGCCAAGAAUGUCUUCAUCAUGGCCCACAGCUACGGAGGGCUGUCUUUCGUUGAGCUGAUGAAUCAGAGGGAAAUGCAGGUGAAGAACCGAGUGUGUGCCGUGGCUCUGACCGACUCCGCUCACAACAUCUGGCUUCAGGAGACCAGCAAAGGCACGCAGGACUGGAUGCAGCAGCACUGUUGUAACUGGGUGUCGAGUUCAGAGCCCCUGGACACGCCGCUGGAUCCCAUGCUGCCAGACUGCCCCCGAGUCUCUGCAGGCACAGAGAGACACGAGCUGACCUCCUGGAUGAGUUUCAUCUCCAUCUUCAGGUUCUUCGGUGACGUCCUGGAGGCGAAAGAGGACGAAGAGGCGGAGGAGACCUCCAACAUUGUCACCACACGCAGCAGCUCCCUCAAAAACAAACACCAGGAUUUGUAGAGGACCCAACAACAAUGAUGUGGAACAAGAGGAGAGAGGAGGAGGAGGGGGACGGCACCGGAUCAGAGGGCGGGGGGGGUGUGUGUAGAAAGGGAGGCUAAGGUUCCAGAUCCUCUCUGCUAUUUCUUUCUUUUUCUCUCGCUCGCUCUCUCCCUGUAACCUCCAUCUUUCCCUCUCCGAGUGUCAUUUCUCCCUUCCAGCCCUCCCUGGCUCUGCACACACACACAGCCUUGUUGUUGGAGAGAGACGAGAGUGCAGGGUCACCGUGUAUACAUCACAAUACCGUUUUGCAUUACUUCUAGAUGAGCGCAACUGUCAAAGCAAUAUGGGCCCGAGUGUUAGCGCUUCCCGUGGGCUGUGGCCUGGCUGCGGGUACGGGCCACGGCAGCAGAGAUUAAGGCUGACAGGCGCUGUGCACAAUGCACUGUGGUGCACCUCUAAUUGUCCUGACAUCAGCCUGAACUGAGCUAAUGCCCCUCCUGCCCUGCAGUCUGCACUGCUCAGUCUCUCCCUCUUCCCCCCCCC